AUGGUCGCAAAUGCAGACGGACUGUCCAGAUUACCGCUACCGUCAGGAACAGAAGUCGCAGGGUUUUUGUACUCAUUUAGUGCAACUAAUUGUAUACCGCUCGAUGCAGACGAAAUUGCAACCGCAACUAGGAAAGAUACAAUACUCGCCAAAGCCGUCGAACUAACGCUAAUAGGAUGGCCAAAGGAGAUUACUGAUCAAAACCUCAAAGCGUAUUAUCAAAAACGUCAUGAACUCUCGGUAGAAGGUAAUUGUCUAUUAGUGGGUACGAAGGUUGUAAUUCCAAUAGCGUUAAGAAGUAAAGUCUUGAAUUUGUUUCAUGAACAGCAUGGGGGAAUAGUUCGAACUAAAAUGCUUAUGCGAGCGUAUUGUUGGUGGCCGGGGAUAGAUGACGCAAUUGAAAAGUUCAUUUCAGCAUGUGAAGUUUGUCAACGAAGGCGAAACUUUUCUAACACUAGUGCUCUGGUCUCAUGGCCCACAGCUACUACUAAUUUUCACAGAGUGCACAUUGAUUUCUUUCACAAGUAUGGGUAUACUUUUUUGAUUUUGGUUGACAGUCGAUCUAAAUGGUUAGAGGUUAAAAUAAUGACCGAACGAACAAAUGCAACAGAGACGAUAUUAAAAUUAAAGGAAAUUUUCUCUGUUUUUGGAUUACCAUUAGAACUAGUAUCAGACAAUGGACCACCUUUCAAUUCUAUAGAAUUUAUUUCAUUUUGCCAAGCCAAUGGUAUCACUCCAAUCAAAUCACCUCCGUAUCAUCCGCAGAGUAAUGGUAUGGUAGAACGCGGAGUACAAACAGUAAAGAAAGGUCUGGAUAAAAUUUUGUCAAGUGAGAGGGGAAAGAUGUUGAGUAAAGAAGUAAUACUCUCUAGUUUGUUUAGUUGGCUGUUCACUUACAGGGUCACACCAUCCAGUACAACGGGGAUAUCCCCUGCGCAAGGUUUCUUUAAAAUGCGACCAAGAACUAGGUUUGACCUGAUUAAACCAUCCUGUUGCAAACAACAAUUCAAGAAUCAGUGUCAGUCUAAAGGAAACACACAACUGUAUGUGUUAAACCAAUCGGUAUUCGUUAAGAAUAUUCAGUCCAAAAUAUGGCAACAAGGUACAAUCAUACGAGUCCUUAGUUAUUGUACUUAUUUGGUCCAAGUAGCUGAAGGAGUAAAAUUGGUGCAUGCUAACGACUUACGUGCGAAUAAGGGGGGGACUGAGUACCGGCAUAACUGA